UUGUGGUGUGGGUGGACAGUGAUAUUGUCCCCCUGGUAUCACGUGCUUUGGAAUAUGCUGGCUGCCUUUGUUUUCCCUCUGGCUGUUCUGCUUUUCUGGCAAUUUCAUACAAUGGUGCACUUGAACACUGUGAUGUUAUUAAGCCUUUCAAACUACUACAGCCUGAAUUCCAGCUCUCAGGAAACACUAGCAUCCCAAUGUAGGAUACAUGGCACAAGAUACAUCAUCAAAAGACAACCGCAAGGAUUGAGUGUAACAUCAGAACAAAGGCAAUGUCCCAGCGAGCAGAUGCCUCCCAGUGUAGUGGGGUUGUGGUUGAGUUUGAGUCUGACAUCAAGGAUGCAAGAGCCAAAAAAGCCAAGAAUAUACCAGGUUCAGCUCUUAUCUACCUCAAAGGUCCCAAGUUUCUCAUCUAUGUCAGUGGAGCACUGUCUAUGUGGGGUGAUCGCAUGUGGCACUUUGCAAUCUCUGUGUUCCUGAUUGAGCUGUACGGCCGUAAUCUGCUGCUGACUGCAGUGUUUGGACUGGUAGUAGCUGGGUCAGUGCUUCUCCUUGGGGCUUUGAUUGGAGACUGGGUUGAUCGAAAUCCCAGGAACAAAGUUGCACAUGCAUCUCUUUUCAUUCAGAACAUCUCAGUGACAGUAUGUAGCAUUGUGCUCAUGUUGGUGUUCUCAUAUAAGCAUUGGAUUGAACAGAUCUGGGAUGGAUGGCUUACUGUGGUUUGUUAUACGGUGGUGAUCAUCCUGGCAGAUGUGGCAAACCUUGCAAGCACAGCGCUGACCAUUGCCAUUCAGAGGGAUUGGAUUGUGGUUAUCACUGGCUACAACCGGGGUCAUCUAGCUGGGAUGAAUGCAACCAUGAGGCGGAUAGAUCAGGUGACUAACAUCCUGGCCCCACUAGCAGUGGGCCAGGUCAUGACCCUGGCCUCCAAUGUAGUUGGCUGUGGCUUCAUCCUGGGGUGGAACCUUGUGUCUCUGAUAGUGGAGUUUUUCUUCUUGUCACGGGUCUACCGCAUCGUCCCAGCUCUGUCAGUCAAACCACCAGUGGUGGAGGAAGAUCAGGCUUAUCUGCAGAGGGUGGAAAGGAGAGGGUCAGCAGGUGAAGAUAAUACUACACAGCCUCAUCCUCUGACAGAAGGCAAUUGCAACACUCAUCUGCAUCUGAAAGAAAUCACCAACCUGCCUCUGUGUUUCCGGAGAUUUCGCUGGCUUGUAAGCACCUGCAAAGACGGCUGGAGGGCCUACUAUCGCCAGCCGGUCUUUCUGGCAGGCAUGGGUCUGGCUUUCCUCUACACCACAGUGCUGGGCUUUGACUGCAUCACUACCGGCUACGCCUACACUCAGGGCAUAAGCGGCUCUCUGUUAAGUCUGCUGAUGGGUGUAUCGGCUAUUACGGGGCUGAUGGGCACCGUGAUGUUCACCAGACUGAGGAAAACCUAUGGCCUGGUCAACACAGGCAUCAUCUCCAGCUGCCUCCACUUGGGCUGCUUGUUGCUGUGUGUUAGUUCUGUGUUUGCACCUGGCAGCCCUAUGGAUCUUAGCCUCCUAAUGCCAUACAUUACCUCUAACUCUUCCUCUGAGCUUGGGGGGAUGGCUGGCCAGAGGCAAAAACACACAUAUCCUCUGAGGGGAGGUAGCAAUCAACCACUGCUACCUGACCGCUCUUCCAUCCAUUGGACCAACAACACUGUGCUUUUUGACAAUGUGCCCUCUGGUGCAGCGCCAGAAUCAUACAUUUCAAUUAUCCUGCUGUUUUUGGGUGUCAUCACAGCACGUAUUGGUCUAUGGUCCUUUGACCUGACGGUGACCCAACUGUUACAGGAGAACAUCUGUGAGUCAGAGAGAGGUGUGGUAAAUGGGGUGCAAAGCUCUAUGAACUACUUGAUGGAUCUACUUCACUUCAUCAUGGUCAUCUCUGCUCCACAGCCACAGCACUUUGGCAUCCUAGUGAUCAUUUCUGUAUUGUUCAUCACCACUGGGCACACCAUGUACUUCAUGUAUGCGCACAAAACCAAAAGAAAACACCGCCUCGACACAUAAGGAGUGUUAGCAGCCCACACAUCCAGGCAUGAGAUGCUAACCAGCACCGACUCCACUCUGCACCUGUGAAAUGAAUGUCUCCCUCCAGUUCUUUCAGCAAUAUUAUUGCAACACUCCACUUCUGACUUAGUCAUUCAUUUCAGCACAACACAGCUAGUGUCUGUCCCACCUCGGUUGCUCCCUUCAGCAGCAAACAAGAACUCAGGUGAAGUAGAGUGGGAGAGACACUCUCCCUUUGUGUACAUAAGCUGAGGUGGUCACAACAAAUGCAGCAAUGGUACCGCCAGGGGAGAUAUUCUAAUCUAGGAUACAAAGGUUAACAGCUAAUUCACCAGCACAUGCCUUUGUAAACCUUGUAGGAUUUAGAAGGACUUUCAUCAAAUUAGCCUGUCAUCUCACACAGUGUUUUAGAUGGAUGGAUGGAUGGAUGGAUGGAUGGAGAGUUUUGUUCUGCUCUUAACACAGCAAAUGUCUGUUGCUGUGGUGUAAACACAAAUAUAAACAAGAUGAGACAGUACUUUUACAAGUGGCAUAGGUGUUACUGAUCCGUCCACUUGGAAAUAUUCCAGGAUGUCCAAAAAGGAACAUAAAGGGAACUUGACAUGAGAUUGUUUGAUUAAAAAGAACACAAGAGGCAGCCCCCUUUAAAUGGACAGAAGUGAAAGGACAAAAUAUUUCCUUCCCCUGGUUUGUUUCUCUGUGGAUGAAUCAAGCAAACAUUUGCCUUUCUUUAUAAAUGUGAAGCUGGCACAUGGUUUAUCUAUUCCAACAUUAAAUCUAAUGUUUUUUUUCUAGAAGGCAAAACUGUCAGCUUUUAUCAAUGAACAAAUGCCAUAUAUGUUAAACAAUAGACUCUAUUUCAUACAAUCUACUUUAUUCUAGUUGCUUGUGUACUUAGAUAAAAUAGUUUCCAAACUUUCUUUCCUUCCCAUAUAAAGAGUGAUAGUAAUAGUUUUAAAGAAAUCAGAGGAAUGUAAUUCCUUUUUUUUUUUUUUUGACAUGUUUGAAAUCGGUAAAAUUAGUUGUAUGUUGAUAGCAAACGUGUAUCACUGCUGUUUGCAGUACUGCUUCAUUCUUUUGUAGUUCUGAUGAACUGAACAUUAACUUACCUCAACCAAGAACAAGGACAAUGUUGGGAAUGACUAGGGAAUUAUUCUUAGAUACUGUAUGUUUUCAUUUUUCCUUCAUGUACAGUAAAAAUAACCUUUUGUCAUACAACCAGCACCACAUCUCAAUAUAUUUGUAGAAUUUUCCUGUGAAGUUUUUUGUACUGUCUGUUGUCCU